AUGUUCCUCCUCGCCUUCAUCAUGUUUCUCCUCUUCUCUCUCUCCACUGCUGCUUCCACUCCCGCCGUCAAGAGGUCUACCCACACUUCGUCACACCAUGCCAUCGCCUUCGUUCUCAUCUUCGUCGUUACUCUUGUCGUUCUCAUCCUCUUCGCCUUCAUUGUCUACCGCUUCAUCAUCAAACGUUGCCAGUCCAAUGUCUCAACUCCAACUCCAACUCCAACUUUUGUGCCUCGUUCAUUCGUUCUGCGCACCGAUACAUCAAGCAAUCAGUCCACCGACCUUGAGAAGGGCACGGAAGGUCAGAAAGCGCCCAUCGGUCCAAUAUCGUCUCCUAUCCUCCUCUUCGGCACUGGUGCAAUUGUUUUCAAUCCUGAUUCUAUUCGCGGGCCUAGGGAUAUGAAAGAGAUGGACAUUACGGAUACUCCUCGUUCGACGGACAAGAUCAUUCUCAGAUAUAUUGAAGCGCUGAGUGAUGCUCAGGAGACUUCAGAAUCUCCAGGAAUACCUGACGAGCUCCGUGAAAUGGAUAAUGUCAAGCAUCCGGACAAGGACCGAUUAUCUUUGAUGACGAUCGUAGCAUGCUCCAUCGAGACGGAAUUAGAUGCGCAGGACGAUACUCGGGACGCUCCAGAUUCUGUGAAGAGUCAUGACGAGAUCCGAAUGACUGCCAGCCCAAUUACGGUCUGUCACCUCAAGAUCGACACCACGCUCGUUGAUACUCCAGACAACAAUGACGAGAAAGUUGCAGAUACCCUUGUUAGGCAGUCGUUAAGCCUCUCGAAGCGUGACAUAUUUGUGAUCGACGACGACGAUGCACGCAGCGCGACAGCGGUGACGGAGACGGAUGUUGAAACCUUUGGAAGCGCAGAAGCAAAUCAUGAGAUUGAUGCGCAGCACGCAGAAGCCCAGAAUUUCACCCUCGGAAGUACAGAGACGCAAUCCAUUUCACAAUACUCGUCGGAACACUUAGAGCGCUUCAGAGAGGGCCAUGCAGAUGUUGGCUUACACCAUCCGGAUGAGCAGCAUUCACCCGACACCACACUUGUAACCGAUCCGGUCGAGGCCGAUACCACACUUAUUGAUACUGUAGACUGCAACAAAGAGAGUGAUGCGCAUCAUGAUCCUACCAGCCAGCACGCAAACCUGGCGAGGCGGGAUAUCUUCGUGAUCAACGACGAGAAAGGCUCCGACGGACCGGGCCUGACGGAGAAAGUUAUUGAAGGGCUUGGAAAUGUGGAAGAAUCAUGCAAUAAGAUUAUUUUCCGUGCGGAAGCACGUGCGAUGACUACUGAGUUCCAGUCGGUUGACUGCCUUGAAGAAGAAGAAUAUCUCACUCAACGUUCGGCAACGACAGAGGCGGAGACUGGCUUGUCUGGCUCCCUCUCGUCGUCCUUUGCUUCGCUUAACAUUCAAGACCUAGUCAACCCUAUGAAACCUACCGACACAAGAGGUACGUAUUCGCUCGCUCAAGCCGAAGAAGAGCAGAAUGCGAUAGGCCAUCUUACUUCGGCAUUCAGCAUGUCCGAUGUUUCGGACAACGAUACCCCACCCACUCACAGAGGAGACGAUGCAGACUCUCCGACGUAUCCGCGUAAGGGAUACUUGCAGCCAUCGCGAUCGAUGUUUGCCUCGAAGGAGGAUGCACGGGCAUUCUUAUGGAGAUGUCGUGUCGAUAUGCAGAGGGACCCAGACAUUCGCAUUCUCGUUCUCAAUCCAGUUACUAGGGACUCUGGCUCAUACGAUCGCGCGACAAUGCCCGCUUACCAUGCUCCGGAGCUCUCCAUAACACAGGAGAGCAUGCGGAAGGAGAUUCGAUGUUCCGCGAAGCGGUCGUCUGUGAUGGCAUACCGACCUGCUCUACCAUCGCCUCUUGCGGCUGACUCGGACGGUUGUGGGUUACUGCGAUCGAAAUCGUUCUCCCGGUGGCCUGUUCGUUUGAAGAAUUCAAGUUCAUCCGCGCCUCUCAGCGUAAGCGACAACAACUCUGCAAGCGAGUUACUUGUCAAUGUGUUGAGGCGCCUGCACUCGGACGGCGUGCUUACGAAGAGGUACAGUGAGAUGCAGCAACUGGUCGACGAUGACAUUUUCUGGAGCGAAGCCGCGAUUAGACCAGAGUCCCCGCUAUUCUUUGAACACGACCCGAUGCCGUUAUUCUUUAAUCCAGAAGUGAUCGAUCCGUUCUCACGUGAUCCUAACACUCCGUCAUUCUAUUCUGAUGAUGUUGAUGUCGAACCGGUGGAGGUUGCUCCUGCUUCGUGGUUUGCGGACAGCGUGGUGGGUAAUGACGAGGCGUUGGAUGGUGCGAUGUCCACUGUCGAUAAGGCAGCCUCUGACAUGGUGUGCUGUGAGGAUGCCGAUAGCGUUAACCACGACCCCAGCCGUUCAGAUACAGUGACGAGCAGUCUGUUGGAACCAGGGAUGCGACCACCUUCAACUGCUUGUGCCCGGAUGCCGACUGUGAUCGAAGAAGCCGAGCAAGAUACGCUAUCAUCGUCAUUGCCCUCGUCGACAACAGCAGUUAAUCCACGAGGUGACAGUGUGAAAAUCAGUCCACCCUCUAAUAAGAAGCAUUCCAAGCCGCACUGUUCGCGGGCACGAUCGACGUUAGUGUCAACGAAUAUCACGCCUUCGAGUGCAAUAGACAGGCUUCCAUAUGGUUUCCCUUCGCCACCCGUAACGACGAAGUCUGAAGCUCGUCGCGGACCAGCCACUGCUAGGUUGACGCAUCAGAAAAGCAUUACCACCACCUGCAAGCGAGUACGUUCUUUCAGCAUCUCUCUAUCUACCGAGUGCUCUGCUAUUCCAGCUGGAUCUCUCGAAGGCUCUCGGCCGAAGCGGAGAAGUCUGUCUGAUAUCUCGAAUCCAGCGAACACCAAGAGCUCUGGAUCUACUACUGCUACUGGACGAUCUCGUUCUUCUUCUGUCUCUUCUCCAAGGCCUCCUUCUGUUGGACAUGCACGCAAGUCAUCAAGUUCAACUAAACCCAUCAAGAAUUCUCCACCGCCACGCCCACCACCUCAAAACCCUCUACCGCCCAUUCCUCAACGUCGACAGCGCUCGGAUACUCUGUCUUCACCUUCGAUUACUACUAGAGAUGCUACGUCUGCUAUCAAGAAACCCUUUAGAAUCUAG